GCGUUGACAACACACAGCACGAGUUUCACCUUGUUGUGAACCCAGUUGGACACGAAGACAAACCGCCUUCAAACAGCACCGACCUGAGAUGCCCAAAUACUGUUCGGUCCCAAACUGUAAGAAUGACUCCGGAAACAACAACGACAGGAAGAGCUUCUACAAGUUUCCUCUCCAGGACCCGGUCCGGCUGCAGCAGUGGCUGAGGAACAUGGGACGUGAGAACUGGACUCCCUCUCGACACCAGUAUAUUUGUCACGAGCAUUUUGCACCUUCGUGCUUCAAGGUGCGGUGGGGGAUCCGUUACCUGGAGAGCGACGCCGUGCCCACAGUCUUCCAGCAGGCCGAGAAACGGAAAGCGAUGGAUCGCAGUGAAAAGAAGCCAAAGCGGCUUCGAGCUAACAGUAAUCAGAGCGCGGCAGUGUCCGAUGACAGGGCGGGGGCUGCUGACGCUGUAGAGAUGGAGAGUGCGUUGCACACGGUCCACCUGUAUGAGAUCACUGUGGACCCAUCGCAGCAGGGAGAGACCGGCCUGCUGGAGUCAAGUGAUGUUGGAGAAUCUGAAUGCUCUCUACACGCUGACCUGAACACGCUGGCAUCUGUGGACACAAUCGAAACGAGGGCGAAUUUCCCUUUAACUUUAUUCCAGACAGCAAACGAUCUCAGUAACAGCGGGGAGCUGGUGGUGAUGUCUGAGGGGCAAGAUGAGCUCCUGAAUAGAAUCACUGCUGCUAUUUUAUCUCAGGGCCACGGGCUGCUCAUGAAUGACCCCACACUGACAGACGCAGCUGCUGUCGCUGCUGAAGAUGUGAGUGACACCACAGAGGAGUCCUCAGGCGUCCCUGGAGGCCACGAAACUCAAGUCAUCGCCUACUUCGAGACGAUACCGAAUGUCUUCCCCAGUGAAACCUCCCAGUUCACCUUCAGCCCGGAUACAGUGCUGUCGUCAGCUCUGAGCUCCAAGCCCAUCACCUCUACUCUGCCUAUAGUGUCCAAACAUGUGGCACCGUCUCCCACGUCCCUGGUCCUCACAGUGGAAAGACUGGACACAGAUGAGGGAGAGGGAGAUGACGGGAAGUCGGAGGAGGACAGCAUAGAGUGGCAGGAUCACCAGCUGGAAGAACACUGCUACCAUAAGAACAGUCUGAGUAAGGAGCAGCUGGAGGCGAUAGUUACCGAGCUGCAGAAGAAGGUUAAAGUGUUGCAGCAGCGACAUCGCCGACACCUGGAGAAACUGCUGGGCCUGGAGAACACGGUCAGCCAGCUGAGGCAGAGCAACCUGCUGAACGAGGAGCGACUGCAACUGCUCGAGAGGGCUUACAUACAGACCAGUGCAACAGUACCAGAUGCUGGUGAGACUGUGGCCAUCAUCUAUGAAGAAAACGAUGCUGCGUACUUGUAUACUCCAUUCAUAAACGCAGAUGAAAAUCUGUGAGGCUGACUGCAGAUGUCCCAUCUGUGUGUCUGUCUGCUGCCCACUGUGCCAAAAAAGAAGAGAUGUACUACCUAAUUUUUUUCUCUUUAAGGGAAAAAAUAAAAAAACAACAUAUUUGUCCUCUUACCUUUAGUGCUAUUUAUCAGUCCAGAUUGUUUUGCUGUGAGUUGCAGAGAGUUGGAGAUAUUUGCCUUCUCUUAAAUGUAAUGGAACUAGAUGGUACUCCUCCUGCGCAGUGAUAUGUUUCGUAGGUGUAAUUUGACAGAGAGAAUAUAGUUACUACAUGAAACUACUUAAAUCUUGUGUAACCGGGUUGUGAUUUUUGGAAAGAGACAUUGCUGGUGACUUUUUCAAAUGUAUCUUUUUUGACGUUUGAGCACCACAAGCCAUC